AUGGCCAACACUACAAUAGUAAUAGCAGCCAGGGAUUUGACAACAGUAAGUCGUUCCUUGGUCGGUCAUAACCUAGCAGCUCGGAUCAACGGAGAAGAUCGUGGUGCAGGCAUGGCUGAAUGCUUGAACGCACUAUAUGAGUUACGUUCGUGCACUAAUGAAAUUAUACUUUUCUUCAUGGAUGGAGAGAUGUAUCUUGGUAUUGAAUGUUGUAGAGCUAUCCGUAUCAUAACUCGUGAAUGUUGGCCUUCUAUGCUUACUUCUGUAGGCUUUACUGCUGAACAGGGCGACAUUUUACGUGGCUAUUGUGAUGCUUCACACUCGACUGCAUCUCUUUCUUCACCCUUCGCUAUGCUUCCACCAGUACAGAUCACUCCUUCUCGGUCACCUUUCGCUGGACCAAGCGCUCCCCCAGUAGUGGUCGGAUAG